AUGCCGCGGUAUACCCCGGCGGAGCACGUCGAGUGGGAGGAUGGCAUCGCGUGGGGGGACGACGACGACGACGACGACGACGGCGGCGGCGGUGCUGACGCGAACGCGGGCGCGGUGUUGGUGGACGGGUCGGACGAAGAUGAGGAGCCGGCGGCGGCGGCGGCGGCGGCGGGGACGAAGCGCGCGGCCCCGCGAGAGGCGGCGGGCGCGGGCGACACGGCGGCGGCGGGCGGCGGGGAGAAGAAGAAAAUGGUAUUUCGCAUGGCGUGCAAGCCCGAGGAGAAGCCCGCGGCGCCGAGCGGCGGCGGCGGCGGCGGCGGCGGCUCGACCGCGGGGAAGGCUCCCGCGACGACGACGACGACGACGACGACGACGACGACGACGAAGCCGUCGGCGACGUCGGUCGCGGCUCCCGUGCCCGACGCGUCCGCCGUCCCCGCGGGGUCGCUUCCGAACGACCACGCCCCUCGACACUCCCGCGGCGUGAAGACCGGGGUCCGGAAGUGGUGGGGCGAGGACCCGGAAGCGUUUCUCCCCGCGGAGUCUGUCCCGUUCACGCGUCACCCGCAGAGCACGCGUCUGUGGGGGGAACCGAGACGGGACCCCCACCCACGCGGCGGCGACGCGGCGACGCGGUCGAAACCCUCCGUCUCGGAAGCCGCGCCCGCGGACGGCGCGGCGGCGGCGGUCGGAGCGAAGACAACGGAGACGGAGACGCCGGCGGCAGCGGACGCGACCGCCGCGGACGCCGCCGCCGCCGCCGCCGCCGCCGCGGACGCGGACGCGGACGCUGAAGAAGAAAACACGAGCUCCGCGGACGUCUUCGGCGCGGGCGUUUUCGGUCCCGGGAUCUACUCCGACGUGCGCUUCGCGGCGUCGCGAGAAGGCGCCGCGGCGUCGAUGUUACGCCGACGCAACGAGGCGCUCGCGAGAGGGGACUGGCUCGAGGACGUCGAGUGGGAGGGCGACGGCCGCGGCGGGCGCCGGAUCGUUCCCCCGGUGUUCAUAAACCCGAACGACGAGUACUUACGGCUGCGGUCGUACUUCACCGGCGAGGAGGACGCGCGCGCGACGCGGCGGUGGGCCGCCGCCGCCGCGGACGUAAAACCCGGCCGCGCACUCGAGCCCGCGGACGACCUCGACGCGUUUCUGCACAUCUCCCUCGACGACGACGACGACGCCGACAAGGGCGGCGACGGGAUGGACGGCGCGGGGAAGAAAGAUAAAGGCCUCGUCGGGCGGCCCGGGCGGAUGGAGGGGAUAUACAACACCGCUGUCGUGGCGGGCCCGCCGCAGUUCGCGCCGCAUCAGCACAUUAAGCACUGGCCGAAGACGCCUCCGAUGAUGACGCCGCCCGCGCACGUGCAGCGGCAUCGCAUCGCGUUGAAUUUAGGGAUGAAGAAGAGCGCGAAGGAUGAAAAGUUUACCGUUCACGUGCGGUCGCUGACGACGGACUCGCCGAUCACGAAGAUCGCGGUGCGGCCGUCGGACACGAUCGACGCGCUGGUGAGGCGCGUGAGGAAGAAGUGGCCGAACGGGGACGACAUGGGGCCGCUGCAGGUCUUCUAUCCGGAGGGCGAGUCGUACAAAGCCGCGACGAACGGCCAGCUCAUGCUCGUGUCGUACGCGGAGAAGGAUCCGCCGUUGAUCGCGAAGGUUGGCAUGGGCGCGAAACGCGUGACGUACUACCGGCGAAAAACGCAAGGCGACACGACGGGCCGAGCGCUGACGCACGGGGGGACGCGCCACGUCGUGGACCUGCGACCGGAAGCGUCGUCGCCGUUCAUAAGCGAGCUGCCGCCCGGGCAGCCGCAGGAGGCGUUGGAGACGACGUUAUUCCGCGCGCCCAUAUUCCAGCGGCGGAUCAAAUCCGACGAGGGUUUGUACAUUCUCAUUCGCGGGCCGCACGGCGAGCUCUCGCUUCGCGAGGUCACGGAACAUUUCGUCGUCGGACAAGAGGAGCCGCACGUCGAGGUGUUCCAGCCGAACACGGACCGCCUGCGCGACUUCGAAGAGCGCGCGGUGAACGCGGCGUGCAUAUUCAGCCUGCUCAAGCAGCGCGCGGACCGCGUCCCGGAGUCAGAGAUGCGCGUCAAGGUGAGCGACAUCGAGAAGAUGUUCCACCGCGCGAUUCAGGGUAAGGACAUCAAGCGGCGGAUCCGUCAAAAGAUUCUGCUCCCCGUGCGCCCUCCCGGGUCGCGUCGACGCGCGGACGACCUGUACGACGACGACGCGGACGAGUUCGAGUUAAACCCGACGUAUCGCUUCGAGGACGACCUGAUGCUCCACAGGAUGUGCCCGCCCGAAGACGUUUGCGCGUUUGACUCGAUGCGCGCGGCGAGGAGUAAGCUCGAACGCGGACGCACCGCGGACGAGGUCAAUCGCAUCCGCAAGCUCAUGGGAACGUCCGCGACGCAGAUGCUCAACGCGUUUCAGAUGAUUUACAGAUCCACGCCGAUCGCGCAGAGGAACCGGUUCCGCGACUUGGAGCUCAUGCUGCAGCUGCAGCCGUGGGCGCAGACGACGGAGUUUCUCGCCGCGGUGGGCGGCAGAGCGGUGCUUCAUCUGGACGCGUCGCGGAAGAUGCGGGAGAAAACCGGGAAAUUUUAUCACUACGUCCGACGGCAGCCGCCGAAGGACCCGGACAUGCCGACGACCGCGAAGGUCAAGCCCGGGACGGUCACGGGCACGGACGCGGACUUGAGGAAGCUCACGAUGCCGCAGACGGAACGCAUCUUGACCGGGUUCGGCGUCCCUCUCGCGGAUAUCAAAAAAUUACACCGCUGGAAACGCAUCGGGUUGAUUCGCGAGCUCUCCGGCGCGGCGACCGCGGAUAAGAACGCCGCGCACGAAGGCCUGAGCCGCUUCGCGCGGUCGCUCCGCGUCGGCAUCGCGCAGCAGAUGCAGGAGCAGAACGACGCCGCGAAUAAGAUUUACAAGGCGAUGCGUAAGCAGUUUUACGAUAAAAAAGCCGCGCGCGGCGGCGGCGGCGGCGGCGGCGGCGGCGGCGGCGGCGGAAGCAGCGACGAGUCCGACGGCGACGACAUCGACGGCGACGACGACGACGAUGACGACGACGAGAGCAGCAGCGACGAGUCCGAGUCCGACGACUCCCUCGCGGACGAGCUCGAGGGCGCGAUGGACAAGGACAAACGCGACGGUCCGGACGAGGACGAGGAACGUCGAGAGCUCGAGGAGAUGCGGCGGAUGAUGAAAGAGAAAGAGGACGCGGCCGCGGAGGGGGUUGCCGAUGGGGGUGCCGCCGCCGCCGCGGCGGCGAAGGACGCCGCGCCGGACCCAACGAAACCGCCGCCGGGGAAGCGUUUACAGCUCAAACGCAUCAUCACGCGGACGUACCCGGACGGGCGAGUGGAAAAGAUUGAAGACGACGUCAGCGCCGCCGUCGGGGACGCGUGGAUGAAAGCCAGGCGAUUAAAAGACGACGGCAAAACGGUAGAUCUCGAAGCGGCGGAGAAGGCGGUCAUGACGAUUCUGUAUCCGAACGGCGUCGAGGCGGAGAGCAUCGGUAUUCAAGGCGACGGCGGCGCCGCGGGCGGCGCGAGCGGCGCCGCGAGAAGGCAGUCCGGGGAGGGGUUACCCGCGAAGACCAUCAAGGCGCCGAACUUCCACGGAACUUUGGACGAGAAAGAGGAGCUCAUCCGGUUGCGCAAGCGCACGAUGGAGAAGGUGCGGCGGCGUAGAAAGAAGCUCGAAGAACUCAAGAAGACGAGCGGGGUGUCGCAGCAGGAUCUCGCCGCGUUGGCCGCGGGGAAGGAAGCGUCCGACGCCGCCGCCGCGGAGGCGCCGCGGAAGUCGCUGAAAAUCGCGCUGUCGCUCAAAAAGCCGACGCUGCCGCCGCCGAGGGCGUCCGGCGGCGGCGGUAAGGCGAAGGCCGCGGCGCUGAAAUCCAGGCUUGGGACGACGUCACGGUUCCGGAACGACUCCCGGGAUGGCGUCAUAUCCGACGUCAUCAACAAAGUCAAGUCGGAGCCGAAGUACCAGGCGUUUUGCGCCCCGGUGACGCGGAAAAUUCUCCCGGAUUACGACAAGUUCGUGUCGCGCAAGAUGGACCUCGGCACGAUAUCCAGAAACCUGUCCAGAGGCGGCGGCUACGUCUCCGUGGACGCGGUCAUCGACGACGUCAAACAGAUCGCGACGAACGCGCGUUUGUACCACGAAGCGGACGAGGACGUGUUCCUUCGCGUCCCAGAGGUGCCGCCGCUCGCCGACGCGCUCGUGGAGGAUUUUUUGAAAGGCGUCGAAAACGUCGUUGGGGCGUUGCGCGCCGCGGACGCGACGUUCGACAUCGCGGCGUUGGCGAAGGCGUUGGGGAGGGACGUCGACGGGGACGCGAGGGCGGCGUUCGACGCCGCGGCAGCGGCGAACCCGAAGCCGACGCCGGGCGGCGAGGGAGGGGGAGGAGAGGGCGCGGCUGCGGCGGCGGCGGCUGCGGCGGCGGCGGACGGUCAGCCCGCGGCGCCGCCGGUGAAGGCGGAGCCGGACGCCGCCGCGGCGGCGACGGAGCCGAAGGGGGAGCUGAUGUCGGAGAUACAGCCGGCGGCGGACUGA